GUGACGUGGACGCAGACCAGCGAGCAUUCCGCGUCGAUCGAAAAUUUGGAGUUAUUGAUCAUCCAAGCUUGGAGGACUAACAUCGAAGGCGAUCUUCUCGGCUUUCUAUUUGGAUCGGUACGAACAAACCGCCGCCAGUUGAUUGCGCAGGAGCUCAUCGCGCCGAUCGUGCAAUUGGCGGACGACCUCUCGCCGGACAUCUAUUCACAAAGUGACGACAACCCUGCUCCGUACGUUCUCGAGCGAUCAUUGGAUCCGUACCUUCAGUGGACUGCCUGCUUGGAAGAGCCCAGGGACGAAGAUACUCUACCAUCACGGCAGGAGUAUCUGAAGCCUUACGACAUCAUCCCUCACGCCUUCUAUCCGAAGGCGGAAGAAGUCGUGAUCGACGACAACGAAGAAAACGACGACGAGGAAACGUCGGAGGAGGGAAGCUAUAGUGAGUACAGCGAGGGCGAGCUGAGUGAAGAAAAAGAAGAGGAGGAAGAAGAAACCAGAUCUGAGUGGGAAGCCUUGCCGGAGGAAGCAGCGCGCACGGGCACGGAGGCGGAAGAUCCGGAAGCAGUGCGAAGGCGCGAAGAAAUUGCCACUGGGAAACGUCAGCUGGAGUUCGCCAGUGGAGCCAGCUUGCGCAUCGGUAACGAUUCGACCAGGGAUCCGGAGCCGCCGAAGCCCGAAGAUGGCGACCCAGCAGCCGCCACCUGAAGCAUCGCACGACGGAGACGGAGUCGAUCCCCUUCCUCCUCCAGCCCCACCCGUCCCCCAUUUCGCCCACGUAC